AUGCGAUUGAUCUUCCUCGGCGUCGCCUCUGGGCUUUUGCACCUGUCUGCUGCUCAGACUAUAUAUGAUAUAUGGCAAACGACAUGGGACCGUUCUAAGUUGUUGACAAGAACCAGUGAUCCAUUGGUCAACUUUGUGACCAAGGGAGCGAUUGGCGAUGCCGACAUUGUUGUGAACGAUGGUACAGUCUAUCAGCAGAUGGACGGGUUUGGUGCUACACUUACCGAUUCGUCGGCCUUGGUGUUCAAUAACCUGAAGACCAAAAACUCGGCCAAUUACUGGGCCCUACUUAACAAACUAUUUGACGGCAAGCAUGCCCCUUAA